AUGUUUCGACUUCAAAAGCACUUUUGUUCUUCGAGAAUUCACUACAUUCGACGUGGACUAUCAGCGACUUGCUGUCAAUACUCUUCAACUAGAAUAAACAGCAAUAAAUCCAACACAACGACCACUACAUUUACAUCCACAAAAACUAGUAAAAACCCCCUUUUAUGGUCUGUGCCCUUCCUCAGUAGCAGCAGCAAGGACGCUAAUAAAGAUGACUCAAUACAAGAUACCACCAAAGAGCAGCAUGAAGACGACAAUGCCUUCAUUGCAUCACUCAUGUCCAACAAGGCCUGGCUAUCGGGCAAAAUAGAUUGGAUUGAUUUCCCCUCGGUCGAUGCCAUCAAUGCCAAAAUACAGGAACUCUAUCCACAGUUCAGCUUACAAUUCACUCAUCUGCGAGAAGGCUAUGCAAAGAUGUGGGAUUACCUCACCAUGGAAGAAUUCAGAAAGAUUGUGGAGCAAGUCAAGAAGGAAGAAAAUGACAUUCGAGUGUACCCUGAAAUGGCAAGGGAUGCUAUUGUGAGGGAGGGUGCUGCGCUAUCAGACGAAGAAAAGGACUUUAUCACCAAGAGAAAGCUCAAGCAAAAGAGAGCAUUCGCAGAUUUUAUUGGCGAAGAUCCAGAGAACAUUGAUGUCAGGGACAUUCCCAUUGUGGGGUUAGCUUCUAGUGGUGGCGGCUAUCGAGCCAUGAUAGGACUGAAUGGCUAUUUGAACGCCAUGAAGAAGUCAGGCGCUUUGGAUUGCACCAUGUAUUUUACGGGCAUUUCAGGCUCGUGUUGGACCAUGGCCCUGUAUUACAACCAAUUAACAAACGCUGAUCCGGUGCGCAUGGAACAACAUUUCGAAUCACACUUGUCAACACAUUGGGCAAAUAUGUCUAAUUUUAUCAAUAUUUUGACAGCAUCACCUGAGAAGAGCAAACUUCUGCUGCAAGGAGCCAUCCAGAGAUACAAUCAACAAAACGGUGAUUUGAGUUUAGUGGAUAUAUUUGGUAUGCUGAUGGGCGGCACUUUGCUGACCAAGAAACCGCCUGCUAUGAAGGACCCAGAAGAUCAGCAGGAAAUGAAACAGCGCAUGAGAGAGGAUGAUACCAUGGAAGAAAUGGACACCAAACGAGCCAUGCAUUUGACAGGACAGGCAGAGUUCUUGAAGGAUGGAUCAGAGCCAUUGCCCAUCUACUGUGUGGUGCGUCAUGACAUUGCGUAUGGAAAGACGUUUGAAGAAAGAAUCGAGGAAUUGAAAAAGAUGACAUUCAAAACUUCGCAAGAAAAGAAAGAACUCGAUACGUUGGAAAAGAAGGCCGAUAAGUUUGAGGAUGAGCAGCCAAAUGAUGCUUAUCAAUGGUUUGAGUUUACACCGUAUGAUAUGGGCUGUGAAGAGAUUGAAGCUUGGAUUCCUAUGUGGGCAUUUGGAAGGCAUUUUGAAAAGGGUAAAAACACCGAGAGAUUGCCUGAGCAAACACUGGAUAUAUUGAUGGGUAUGUUUGGAUCUGCCUUUGCCGCAAGUUUGGUCCACUUUUAUCAAGAAAUUCGAAGCUUCUUACCUUCUGGCUCCUUGGACAAGAUUGACGAAGCUAUUACUCGAUACGAAUCAUCCAUGUCAAGCUAUCAUCCCAUCUCGCCCUCCUCUUUCCCCAACCCAUUCUACAAGCUGCCCAACACCUACACCAUUGAAGGCGAAGAAAAAGAAAUCAAGCGACCUGAAGCGCUGGUCGACUCCAAGGAACUGUAUUUGAUGGAUGCUGGCAUGGACAACAACAUUCCCUUCUACCCACUGAUGCGAGAAGGCCGCGAUGUAGAUGUGAUACUGGCAAUUGAUCUCAGUGCUGAUAUACAAACCGCUACUCACUUUGAUCGCGCCGAGAGUUACAUCAAGAGAAGAGGCAUUCAGGGAUGGCCCACAGGUGCUGGAUGGCCCAAGAACCACGACCACAGCGAGGACAAGUAUCCUUUGGGAUCCUGUACUAUUUUCGAUUCGGAGGCCAAGGAAGAAGUAACUACCACAUCCAAUACAACACACACAAGAAAGAAGCAACCCGUUACCUUGGCCUACUUUCCAUUUAUCGUCAACAAGGCAUUUGAUCCUGAUUUUGAUCCUCAAGAAGAAGAGUAUUGCAGCACAUGGAACUUUGUCUAUACACCUGAACAGGUCAAGAAGGUAACAGGCUUAGCGGAAGCCAACUGGGACGAUAGUACAGACAAGAUCAAGCAAGUACUGAGAAAGACCUGGGAAAGAAAGAGAAGAGAGAGAAUAGAGAAAGAAUAA